AUUAGAGGAUAUAACAAAUGGGUUGUGGGAAAUCAAAACACGAUGUUGUUACGGGAAACUACACAAGAAAGAUCAGAAAACCUUCGGACGUUGAAUCAGUGAAGGGAAAAGAAAGCGAGACAAUUAAAAGACAAGAAAGCUGUCGGUGCGGGAAAAAGAACGACGUCUCCGACGUAGUUUGGAGCGACCAGCCAGAGAUUACCCUAGAAAACAAUACCAAGAAGCCGGAGGAAAAGAAUGAUGUAGGAGAUUAUGAUGAGAAGACGGCGGUAGAGAUGACAAAUGGUGACAAGAAACCGGAGGAAAAGGAAACAACGGCCACUUCUCCCAUGAAGGCGGUGGCGACGAUAGUGCCCGAGAAUAUUGUGACCGAUGAGACCGUUAACGACGUGAAUGAGACCGUUCCACCGGUUGUCGACGAACAAAAGGCAGAAAAUAGUAUUGAAACGGUGGUAGAAGAAGAAAAAAGUGUAGAGGAUAAUAUUGAUGGUGAUGUAACUGAUGUCGAUACCGAAGUUCCAUCUACUGAGGUUGAAGAACCAAAACUGGACGUAGAAGCUCCAGUCACAACGGAAUUAGAAGUUUUAGAAAUUCCGACCACCGAAAAUGACGAAACCGCAGCCGCGGAAAAUGAUGAAACCGUCGAAACAGAAAAUGAAGAAAUUGCAACCGCUGAAAAUGAUGAAAAGGUCGAAACUCGAAACAGUAAAUGACGAUGAAACUCCAGUUUUAAAGGAU